GAGAGCGCCAGUAUUGAUUGGGGGCAGCGGGGAGUCAGGCGCCAUCCCGCGGGCCACCGCGUCAGGGCCGACGUAACCGUAGGUUUUCCGCGAACACCGAAAAGAUGGUCAUGAUGGCUGGAAUGGACGAUCACGAGCGGAAAGUAGUCGUCGAGUUCUGCCACCUCCUCGAGAAGAGCAAACAGUUGUUCAACGGGCUCCGCGACCUGCCCCAAUACGGUCACAAGCAAUGGCAGGCCUACUUCGGGCGCACCUUCGACAUCUACACGAAACUAUGGAAGUUCCAGCAGCAGCACAGGAUAAUUCUUGACACGAAGUACGGAUUGAAGCGUUGGCAGAUCGGGGAGAUAGCGAGCAAGAUCGGACAGCUGUACUACCACUACUAUCUGAGGACCAGCGAGACCAGCUACCUCCACGAGGCUUACUCGUUUUACGCGGCCAUAAGGGGCCGCGCUUACUACAGUCGGGCUGCCAAGGAGGACAGGUCCGACCUGAUGGUAAAGAAGCUGCGGUACUACGCAAGGUUCAUCGUCGUGUGCUUAUUGCUGAACAAGAUGAAGCUGGUCCGGGAAUUGGUGCAGGAACUCGACGCCCAGAUAGCGGACUACACCAGCACCUACGAGCCCGAAGACCAAGUCGAGUGGAACCUCGUACUCGACGAGAUAAAGGCCUUCGUCAAGGCGGAGGCGGCGGUCGGGGUUCUCCACGCGGACGCGAACCCCGUUGUCCUGACCCACCGACUCGGCCCCCUGACCUCGCCGCCCGUAGAACGUUCACCACCCAUGUGCCUAUCUCUGCAGGAGAUCCUGAUCGUCGGCAACUGUUCCGACCAAGUUAAGUUCAGCGAAUUGUCAAUGGACAUGUUCAGGAUGCUGCAGACCCUCGAGAGGGAACCCAGGGAGGAUCCGACCCACCUCCACGACGCCUCGCCCGCCGGAAGGCUGCCUUUCAGGCCGGGACCCUACCCCGCCGAAAACGGGGCCCCGCGCCGCGACAACCCCCACAAGUAUCUACUCUACAAGCCAACCUACAGCCAGGUCCAGGUAUUCCUGGCGAGCGGGUUCAAGGAGCUGCCCGCGAACGGGGCCCUGCUUCUUUACCUCUCGGCAGACGGCUGCUUCUCGACCGUCAAACAGCCGGAAGAGAUGGGGUACGACCUGGGGGGAGUUUCUACGAGCAGUAAACGCGAUCCGGAACACGGGAAGAGGCCAACGGGGGGCAAGGAGCCCCACUGUCUUUACCCCGGUGACCUCUACCCCUUCACACGGAAACCUCUUUUCGUCGUCGUAGACUCGGACAACAGUUUCGUGUUCCAACAGAUACCUCGGUACUUUGGACAACCGCUGAUGGUCCUGAUGUCGCCUCAAGACACACCGCCGACCUUGAGGGAUCUUCGCCACGGGGGAAGCCUGUUCACUCUAUUCCUCCACGCGCCUCUCGCCGCAUUCUGCCUUAUUUGCAACGUGGGUAGCCUUCCCAUUCACCAUUGGGAUCGAUGCCAGACCUACGUAGAGCGUUUCCUGGUCGAGGCUAGCCGCCUGGUUACGCGUUCGCGAUGCGAAACCAGCGUCCUGCAAUUCUUCGGUGAUGAUUUUCUGAGGCUGCUCCUUGUCCGCUAUGUGUUCUGCGACGUGGUCCUGCACCUGCACAGGUCCUUCCGAGGACGCCAACAACGGCCCCGGUGUCAUCCACCCCUUCCGGAAGCGGAAGUCCUCGAGCAUCCAACUCUGCACCACUUUGUUCUAGACCUAGCGGCCUGCAUCGAUGCUCGCGACCAUUUCCCCGACAGCAGCGAACUCGCCUGACCCCGGCGUCCCUCCUACCCGGCCAUCAACACAACCACCUCCUUGCCUCCCUACCACGAUCAUUAUAACUAUUGCAAUUACAAUUACAACUACAAUAAAAUCGUUACAUUGAGACCUCAUUAAAACGCGUCUCGGACUUGUGUCUGUUCAGUGUGCCAUAAUACGUUAUAUAUAUAUAUAUAUACAUAUAUAUAUAUAUAUACAACCACACAUAUAUAUAUACUUACAUACGCAUAUACUGAUUAUAUAGUUUAUAAUUCAGAAUGCGAGAUUUUUUUCGGUUAUCAGUUUUAUGUUAUAAGCUUAACACGAGGCAUGGUCACGUCACGGGUUGCAGUAGAUAAGUUCUUUUUCCAAAAAUCCAUACACCAUUCGAAAUUGAACGAGGGUUAUAUAACUGACGAAUGAUCGAAAAUCUUAUCAACCAAUCAAGCUGUAGCAUAAACAUUGUUUCUCAAGUAAACUGACUGUCAAGUUGACGAAGAGAAGAAAUACAUGCUACUGCACGAUGUGAAGCCUAUAUAUCCAUUUCGUAGGUCAAGUUUCUAUUUGAUCCUCUGAAUUUAUAGGUAAGGCCACUCGAAGCUCCAAAAAACGUGUCCUCAAUCAAAGUACAUAGCUCAGUGAACGAAAAAACUCGCGAGGAUAUUUGUUAUAGAGAAACGCGACUUGGGAAAUGGAUACCAAGUAUCAGUCAAUCAUUCGGUGAUCGUUAAUGCGAAGUGAGGUUUUAGUCAAUUUAAAUCCGGUGAGCAUCUUUGGAAACGAAUGAUGAUGAUAACCGGCAUAAGAAAGAUUAAUGAGUCAGUUUAACUCGGUAAUAAGUGCAGAAGCCACGGCAAGUAGCUUACUCGACAAUGUCUAGAGGGAUAUGUGAACCGUGAUUAGAUUCCGCGAUAAUGCAUAUUCCAUUCAGUCCGCAUCCUUCAUACAGAAACCCUCGUCAACUCGACCGUCAGAUCCCAUCCUGAAUUGAAUUUUUCGGUCAAAUUUGACCGAUAUGCAGAGACUGACCAGUUGGACAGUUUCGACGGUUUGUUAUCGUCCAGUACAUGGUACCCUCAUUACUGACAACGGCCUCCCGUCACCGAUGAUGGCCGUUUUUCUGUACAUAAUUUAUGACGUUGUGUUUUUGGCCGAACUUCGUCCUUGCAUCCCUAGGUAGUAAAUUAUUUAGAAAAGCUUAAAAGUAACGCGCGCAAGUGUAUAGACGGGAGGGAUGUGAUGAUGGUGGAAAUGCAUGAAAAGUAAAGCAAAAUAUGAGGAAGUUGAAAAAUCUAAAUGAAUGAAUGAAUGAA